UCAGUUGAAGCUUGUACGCUACGUACAUUGUUAAUCAGCACAUUUGUAACAGCUAGAAAGUAUAAAUUCUGCACGGAAGGAGACGAGAGAAGAAAAUUUAAAUAAUUUCUGUUCUUUUUACCUAAAUUAGGGUUUUCUUGUAGCCAAUGGCGACUCACAGUUUUUCAUUACUUUCAAUCCCGUCUUCAACUUCGACUUCUUACAAUAGACAAAAUGAUAAUAAUACUCUAACUCAAAAGUAUUGUAAGAUUCUAGCUUCUUCUUUUACUGGCGGAAUGGUCUCUAUUCGGCCGCAGAAUUUGAACGUUUUUGCUCUCAAACGGCGUCGUUCGACCGUGGCAACGGUCUCCUUCAGCCUCCCAACUGCAAAACCAGAGAGAGCUCCUUCUGAUAUACAGCCCAGAUGGUCGGCAAGAGCAAUAAAGGCAUUUGCAAUGGCUGAAUUAGAAGCAAGGAAGCUCAAGUACCCAAAUACUGGCACCGAAGCUCUUUUAAUGGGAAUCUUGGUCGAAGGAACCAGUUUGGCUGCCAAGUUUUUGAGAGCAAACGGUGUAACCCUUCUCAAGGCGAGGGAAGAAACUGUGAAGUUGCUUGGAAAAUCUGAUAUGUAUUUUUUCAGUCCAGAGCAUCCUCCCCUUACUGAACCAGCUCAAAGGGCUCUUGACUGGGCAGUUGAUGAGAAAUUGAAAUCAGGUGAAAGUGGGGAGAUAACCAUAGCAUAUCUGGCUCUUGGUAUUUGGUCAGAAAAGGAAUCAGCUGGGCAUAAAAUAAUGGCUACACUUGGUUUUGAUGACGAGAAGGCUAAAGAGCUAGCCAGAUCUAUGGACAAGGACAUUGAGAUGAGCUAUAAAUAAGUGUCUUUGGAGGAACAAUAAAUUGAUGCAUCCUUGCUCUCGCAAUCUUCAACUAGUUUCUGGCUUUCUGCUGCGGAAGAGCUUAUUAAAAAGUGUGUUUGGCCUUGUAGCAAUUUUGCCCCAUACACAUUUAGCAUUGAUUUUUCCUCUCUUUUUUUAUUCGGUGGAAGACAUUCUGUAAUCUAAACGGCAACAUUAAUACCGUCAAUUUCAAUGCUGUAGUAUCUCAAAUUGCAGUAGUCAUUUCGACAGUCCCCCCUUUUUUGGGCUUGGGGGAGUGUUUUCUUUUACUUA